AUGACAACCUCUCAAAUUCCUCAAGAUCGCGGCUGCAGUUGCCAGACUCGCGAAAUAGCCGAGGGUGAAGGCGGCGCGGAGCCCUGCUCUCUGCUGGACCCUAUCCGACCUAUCCGCUUUCCCUGGAGCCAGGACAGAUCAGCAUCUUUUCACUUUGCAAAACUGAAGCUCUACACCCAUCAAGGGAGUGGUUACUUCAUUUUUCCUUCCAUCAAUUUUUUAGGAGUGCUGGGAAAUAUGAACCCUGGGCUAAGCACACAUGCUACCAUUGAGCCACACCUGGAGCUCCUUAUCAACCCGAUUCUUAAUGGCUAUGUAACAAUGAUAGCCACACUGGGAUUAUCAUCUACAGAGGAUGAGGGCGAGGACCCCUGGUAUCAAAAAACAUGCAAGUGUGAUUGCCAAGGAGGAACAAAUGCUCUGUGGAAUGCAGGCGCUACCUUAGACUGCAUACCAGAAUGCCCAUAUCACAAGCCCCUGGGUUUUGAGUCGGGGGAGGUCACACCAGACCAGAUCACCUGCUCCAAUCCGGAGCAGUAUGUGGGCUGGUAUUCCUCAUGGACUGCAAACAAGGCUCGGCUCAACAGUCAAGGCUUUGGGUGUGCGUGGCUCUCCAAGUUCCAAGACAGCAGCCAGUGGUUACAAAUAGAUCUGAAGGAGAUCAAGGUGAUUUCAGGGAUCCUUACCCAGGGGCGCUGUGACAUCGAUGAGUGGAUGACCAAGUAUAGUGUGCAGUACAGGAGUGAUGAGAGCCUGAACUGGAUUUACUAUAAGGACCAAACUGGAAACAACCGGGUCUUCUAUGGAAACUCAGAUAGAAGUUCCACAGUCCAGAACCUGCUGCGGCCCCCCAUCAUUUCCCGCUUUAUCCGCCUGAUCCCACUGGGCUGGCACGUCCGCAUUGCCAUCCGCAUGGAGCUGCUGGAGUGCGUCAGCAAGUGUGCCUGA